GCUGCGGUGGGAGGAGUUAAGAGUCAGCUCUUGAAUCUGAUUGGACGACAGCUUUGUGGCGUUUUAAAAUCGCAGCACUUUGAACUGGCUGUCAAAACACCGAGCACGGAGAGAGCGAAGUAGGUGGAGAAUAAAUACAUUUAAUAUAUAUAUUCUUCGCUCUCGGGCGUCUGAAGACAUGAGAAGGAUCGUGUUUGACUCUUCCUCUGAUGAAGAUGUGGAAGAAGAGCAGCUGACGCCGCUCCACAUCAGCUGGUUACCUCUGUCCAUAGUUGAGUGCUCACAGUACCUCGGAAUAUGUGCGCUGCCAGGUUGCAGGUAUCGAGAUGUUCGCAGGUCCCUGCAGAGAGAUGUUGACGAGCUGAAGAACCAGGGGGUGCAGAAUGUGUUCGUCUUCUGCACUAGAGGGGAACUGAGCAAGUACAGGGUCCCGUCCCUCCUGGAGGUCUACGACCAACACGGCUUCACGGUGCACCACGCACCGUUCCCCGACGGAGACGUUCCUGAGCUGGAGCAGUGCUACCAGAUCCUGACCGAGCUGCAGGUCUGCCUCGAGAGGAACAGGAAGACGGUGGUCCACUGCUACGGAGGCCUGGGGCGAUCUGCUUUAAUCGCCGCCUGCCUGCUGCUCCAGCUCUCGGUGACGAUGACGGCCGACAAAGCCAUCGAGAUCCUCAGAGAGCACAGAGGAGUUGGAGCGAUACAAACGGUGAAGCAAUACAAUUUUCUUCACGAGUUUCGGGAGAAGUAUACCGCCUACAAAGAGAGCAGGGAGGCUGCCCCAGAGAGAUCAGUGUCUCGGUGAUUCUGGAGAGAAUAAUCUCUAAACAUUUGCAUUCGUUUCUCUUUGCUAGCGAUUUACUCCCCAAGAGCUGCACUU